CGGGGACGGACGUACCCCGAGCGUCUACUUAGUUUGGGAAUGCAUUCAAUGCACUACCGAAGGCUUAGAGGAGACCUAAUCCUAACCUACCGUAUCUUGACUGGGAAGGUUGGUCCAGAUUUGUCUUGGCUAUUCAGUCCCGCUAGAUUGUCUGUUCUACGCGGUCAUUCGUUGAAGCUGGACAAACCGCGGUCCGAUCGGAUUAGGGCGGAAAUCCGGCUGUCACGCCGAGUUAUCGACCGCUGGAACAUGCUUCCGGAAAGUGUUAUCAGGGAAUCUACGGUUAAGGGGUUUGAGCGGCAACUUGACGCUCUUGGGUGGCAACACGAAACCUUUCCAUUUUCCUGAGUAACUCGCAUCUUCGUACUUCGAUUUCCUUUUCUCUACUUUUCUUCACGUAUUGGUAUUAUUUUCUUAUUUAAGUGCACUUCCCUAUUCUGUACCUUCGAUUUCUCUUCCUAUCCUUUGCUUACUUCACGUGACUGCCACAGCAGGGACUGCUAGGGCAGGAAACGUGGGCAUUAAAUGGUUGGCCAGGGUGCGAUACGGGUGUUUCCGUUUUAGAUCCAUCAAUAACUGAGCACUUCAUCAAUUCCUGGCUCAACGAUCCACUCAAGAUGGAACACUCACGGGAUUUUCCUAUCGUUCCAGUCCCCAUCUGAACUGAA